AAAAAAAAAAAAAAAAAAAAAACAAAACAAAACAAAACAAAAACUAUACAUUGACGCACCAAAGUGCAUCGUGGCUCCAACUCUAGCAACUACUGUAAUCACCAGCCGUGGGAAUGCUGCUGACAUACGUUCAAAUGAAGCGUAAAUGGAACGAGUGACAUCGCACUGAAAGACAAGGAUAACAACGACCACGUCGACUUGUACUACGUCUACCAGUGGAGAAAAGUAUACUGGCUCUUGUGGUGAUAAGCACUGACUUUAAAAACCUCACCUUGUGUUUAUUUUUUUAUUUACUUUACUGUUUAGUUUUUAUUUUAAUUUAUUUUUAUUUCUCUUUCUCUUUUUUUUUUUUUUGUAUUCGGUAACUUUAAAAACUCCAAUACGAUACGAGUCAUCAUUGGUAUGGUAGAAUAUCUGGGAGCGCUGCGCUGGUUUUCAGAGCUACAAAAAAUAUAAUUGUCUGAAGCCGGUGGAAGAGCGGACAGUACUACAGCAGAGACGAGUAUCUGCAUUUAAUAAUUUUUAAAUUUUCCCGGACGUACGGCCGAACGAUUGUCGUUUACAGUUGAGGUCGGUGGCUGUUGCGACGAGUGACACAGUCGAAAAUUUAACAUAUAUAUACAUAUAUAAAGAUAAAAAAAAAGAGAGACAGAGAGAGAGAGAGAGAAAAAAGGCUUGCGUGUGUAGAAUAGCGACGCGCUGAGAACGUUUAAAAGAGAGAGAGGGAAAAGAUACCGAGGAGGCGGUAUUUACUGCUCCGUAAAGUGGUGCCCCCUAUUGGCUGAGCACUUCCCUUCCACCAACAAGAAACAAGGACGGCGAAGGGACCGAGUGUGGGGCUUGAUCGCACGAUUCUCUCCCACCACCAGAACAUUAAAUUUCGCAAGCACUGAGUAUCGCGCCCUAUGAAGUCGUAGUGAGAUUAUAUUUGAGUCCGUAGUGAACGGUACAGCACCGGACUUACGACUACUCGUAGGUUCUUUAAAAAGUUUUAAUUAUUUAAAAGAAAAACUGUGACUGGAUUUUUAUUUUUUUUUUCUUCAUUAUUUUUUUUUUUCCAACUAAAAUUACCGUGAGUCUGACAGAGAAGCACUGUCGAGUUUCUGAUUGGUCAUAGUCGAGGGAAUAGUGGGUUUCAACAGUGGAAGAGAAACCAGUCGUGUCGUGAACGGCUUCGUGUUAAUAUCGUUGGUGUGUUAAAUAAGAAUAAUAAAAUAUAAAUUUUUACUAGUUAAAUAAUAAAUAAUUGUCCCAGAUCGUAUUAUCGGUAACCGCGUGGAUAGUACGCAUUGUAUGUCCAUGCUGUUUGGUUGUUCCGUCACCGGCAAAUACGAGAAUACGAGUUUAUGUUGUCAAGUAGUAGUGUGAGUAACAGUAACAGAAGCACAAGCACAAGCACAAGCACAAGCAAAAUCAGCAUACAGAGAUAGGGUGAAAUAGAAUACUACAUCUCACUCACGCGGCGGUUUUCACUGGCAAACUGCGAGAGGGGAGAUUAUAUAUUUUAUUUUAGUUAAAACCACCAGAGUAACAAGCACCGACAAAUAUAUAAAGAUUAACAGAGACAGACAGAUUGUAUUCUACAUACUGCUCUGUCCGAGACGUUGCUGUCGCCCUCUAUACGUCUAAUCACAAAUUACAGUUUUCACAAUGGCUUCCGUAAGGGAUACGGCGACUUUCUUUCUCGAGGGUACGGCAAGCCAAUUCGAACACGUUAUUAAAUUGUAUCCCCAGGCAUUGAGACUCAAGGCCGAUAGGAAAAACAAGAAACCCGAGGAACUUAUCAAAUUGGACAAUUGGUAUCAAAAUGAACUCCCAAAAAAGAUAAAAUCCCGUGGCAAAGAUGCCCAUCUUAAUCACGAAGAAUUAGUUCAGACAAUGAAAUGGAAGCAGACACGAGGCAAGUUUUACCCACAGCUCUCAUACUUGGUAAAAGUAAACACUCCCCGAGCAGUGAUGGCUGAGACAAAAAAAGCUUUCAAAAAACUUCCAAACUUGGAGCAAGCCAUUACAGCACUAUCGAAUCUCAAAGGAGUCGGGACGACGAUGGCGUCAGCACUACUCGCAGCCGCAUCACCCGAGCACGCUCCCUUCAUGGCUGAUGAGUGUCUCAUGGCGAUACCUGAAAUCGAGGGCAUUGAUUACACGACCAAGGAGUACCUCAAUUUUGUUCAACACAUCCAGACCACCGUCGAGAGGCUUAACCAACAGACGACGAAUGGAAAGACCUGGAGCCCUCAUCGAGUAGAAUUGGCACUGUGGACUCAUUACAUAGCAUCUGAAAUGAAGCCAGAAUUGCUUGAUGGGAUCCCCGGAGUCACGGAAAAUGGAAAAACUCACUCAUCGAGCAAUGGAGACGCGACUGAGCCCUCAGACGACAGCAAUCAAGAUGCAGCUGUUGUUAAUGGAAAAGAACCAGCAACGAUUGAUCCAGCUGCCAUCGACGAGAACAGCACAACCACCUCCUUUACCGAGGACUCUAUGGACAAACCAGCGACUCCAAUCACUGCUGCUGUCGCCAGUGAAGACACUAACGAUUCGUUAACAACAAACGAAAAUGAAGAUUGCAGCAACACAUCAAGGCCAACUGACAGUGAGGAUACUGAAGAUUCACAGGACGCUCAGGAACCACCCAUUAAAAAAAUUAAAAAGUGACCUCAAAGCCUUAAUUCAUCAUUAACACAACAACACAACCACCCUAUCUAUCAUAGCCUUGUGUCGGCCAACAUGACUCCGAUCACGGCGAGACGUUUUUAAUCGCGGGAGUUACCACCAUCACCACCAUCUAUUAAUAAAAUAAAACAAUUUAAUAAAAAAAAAAAAAAAAAAAAAA